GCCUGCACUCUAGCAGCUCGGAGGACGCUAUGGCGGCGGCAGCGGCUGACGUUUCUCAUUUGCAGGAGUGCGGCUGUAAGGGCAUCCGGACCUGUCUUAUCUGCGAGAGACAAAGUCAGAGGGACCGGUCCUGGCAGAUCUCCCUUCAGGUACAGGCUAGGAAGAGUCAUAGCCAGAAAAUCUAUUCAUCUUAAUUGGGAAACUGAGGCCCAGCUUGCUGGUGAAACAGUCAGGGAUCAAAGCCUCGUGGUAGGGGAGUUGGAGUUGCUUGGAGCGCUGAUAUCUUCAAUAUUCACAAAACCCAAAAGAUGGACGCUUCCCAAGUGCCAUCAGCUGAUGAAUGGAAGAGCGGGAAAAUGCUGGUGCACGCCGAGAUCUCUGCAUUUGAAAGGCAGAGAGGCAGGGAGGCAGAAGUUGAAGCGAACCUCAGCCACGCAGCAGGUUUUAAGAGUUGUCUUGGAAGUAAGAAACGGCUGUAACACAUCACCUUUGUGACUUUGCUGGGAUGAAGUGGCAGAUAACUGGGACUUAAUACCUGGGGUCUGGUUCUGGGUGAGCUUCCGGAGCACAAGGGAAGUCGCUUGGAAAUGGUAGGGAGUGCUAAAUACUAGGCCGUCUGUAUUGGAAAUUCUUCUGAAAGCCAGGGAAGAAAGACAGACAGGGAAUGAGCGACUUAAGACAGCACAGGCUUUGAUUUGGGAGGAAAUUUUUUGGGAAAACAAACCUGUAAGACUCAACUUUACAGCCAAGCAGUGAUGGUACACCACUCGGGAUGCAGAGGCUGGCUCCGUGAGUUCGAGGCUAGCCUAAUCUACAUAGGGAGUUCCAGGAAAGCCCAUCUUGAAAAACGAAAAUAAAUCUGUCAAAACAAGAAAAAAUGCUGUUUCCUUUACUGCCCGGACACAGGCUGGGCCAUGGGGGCCCAGGGCUCUGACUUCGAGGGUUGGGCAUUCCCCUACCCAGGAGUGACACUGAUACAGGACUUUGUGACCCCAGAGGAAGAAGCUGAGAUGGUGCGUCUCAUGGACUGUGACCCCUGGAAGCUCUCACAGUCGGGGAGGAGGAAGCAGGACUAUGGCCCUAAAGUCAAUUUUCGGAAGCAGAAGCUGAAGAUGGCAGGCUUUCAGGGUCUUCCCGGCUUUAGCCAAAAGGUAGUCCAGAGAAUGGGCCUUUACCCGGGGCUAGAGGACUUCCAGCCUGUGGAACAGUGUAAUUUGGACUACAGCCCUGAGCGGGGCUCCGCCAUCGACCCCCACCUGGAUGAUGCCUGGCUGUGGGGCGAGCGGCUGGUGAGCCUCAACCUCCUGUCGGCCACAGUGGUGUCCAUGUCUCUAAAGGCUCCUGGCAACCUGCUGCUCUGCUCAGCCCCCUCUGGCGGACCUGAUGCUUUUGAGGGCAGCCUUGUGGCCCCUAGCAGGUCUGUCCCCUGCCAAGAGGUGGAGGUGGCCAUCUCAGUGCCCCGCCGCUCCCUGCUGGUGCUUACAGGGGCCGCACGACACCAGUGGACACACGCCAUCCACCGCAGACACAUCAAGGCCCGCCGUGUGUGCGCCACCUUCAGGGAGCUAUCCAGUGAGUUCCUGCCUGGAGGGAAACGCCAAGAACUGGGCCGAGACCUGCUGCAGGCUGCACUCUCGUUCCAGGGGAGACCGGUGUGAAUGCCUCCCAGGGCACAGGAGCUGUCACUGGCCUUGCUGAAAGCCUAGCUCCAGCACAACCAUUGGAGGAGCUAACACUGAGGUCUCCCCACAGCUCAGUAGAUUCGUGGGUUUUUUUUUUGAGACAGGGUCUCAUGUAGCCCAGGCUAGCCUCCAGUUAAUUCUGUAGCUGAGGAUGACCUUGGACUCUUGACUUUUCUACCUCCACUUCCCAAGCUCUGGAAUUACGGAAGUGCAUUGCCAGGCCUGGCUGUUGUGUUUUGUUUUGUUUCUCUUUUUGAGACGGGGUCUCUGGCCUAGAUUGGCCUCAGACUCUGUGUACAGCCAAGCACGACUCCUGAUCCUCCUGCCUCUACCUCUUGAAUGCUGGGUUGGCAGCAAGCGUUCUGCCAGCUGCGCUGUACCCCUUCCCUGUUGGGGGUUUUUUGAGACAAGGUUCAGUGGACUAGACUGGCCUGGAACUCACUAUGUAGCCUGGCUUUGAACUCACCAUCCUCCUGCUUCGGCCUCCCAGUGGCUGAGAUGACAGCGCACUGGUUAGGUUUUAUGAGGAGCCCUCCGACCCCUGAUGCCAUGAACAUGUCGCACCCUGCCGUAAGCGGUUCCGCUGGGCCUAGACUAUGGCCACUCCUCAGGUCACUUAGUAUGUCAUAGCGUGGAGGGAUUCAGUCUUCUAAAACUUCAGUACUUGGGAGGAGCAGGAUGGCUCAGUGACUAAAGGUGCUUGUCACCAAGCCUGACAAUCUGAGUUCAGUCCCUGGAAUCCACAUGGUGAAAUGAGUGUCCUCUGAUCUCCACACACACAUGACGCCCUCUGAUAAAAUCCAUAAUAAAAGAAAAACCUCGGUCUCAUGUG